AUGGUGAGGAGAACGUUUGUUGUGAACCGUGUGCCCAAAAAUGGUGUGACAUCGGAAACUGUCUGUGAUAGAGAAAAUGUAGACAUUGAAGAAGCUAUCCAAUUAACCGGAAAUGGCCGCUACAACUUCCUCGUGCUGUUCACCUGCUGCAUUAUCAUGCUGGGCGCAGUCGUGGACAUGCUGGGCUAUAGCCUGGUGGUGCCUGCAGCCAGCUGCGACUUAGACCUAAGCUUAGAACACAGCGGCAUGUUGACCUCAGUUUCUUUUGCUGGAUUCAUAUUUGCGCUACCAUGGGGCUACACAGCUGAUACUAGAGGAAGAAAGAAAGCGCUUCUAAUCUCCUCAUCAGUAGGGUUCAUUCUCUCCAGCCUCACGAGCUUCUCCACCGACUUCUACAUGAUGCUGGUACUCAAGUUCCUGGCUUCUAGUUUUUCAACAGCAUCUAUAACCCUAACAAUCACAUUCCUCGGGGAGUGCACACCAAAGGAAUGGAGGAACAGAUACAUGUUCAUACAGAAUGUGUUCAGUCUUGCAGCUGACUUUGUCUGCUUUGCUCUCGCGUACUUCGUCUUACCUCUAGAAUUCAGUGUUCCUCUGCCACUGCUGACUACCUACAGACCUUGGCGGCUUCUCAUACUGCUGAUGACAGUUCCUUUAGGAAUAGGUUCAGUCAUGAUGUGCUUCCUCCACGAAAGUCCCAAGUUCUUGGCCAACUUGGGAGAAACUGACAAUGCACUAGAAGUACUGAAGUCUAUUCACAAAACUAAUAAUGGAAAACAUAGUGUGUAUCCUGUAAAGUCUUUAAUGAAGGUGGACAAACCAGACGGGACAAUAUCGUUCUGGAGAUCAGUGAUCAAGCAGACGGUACCUAUAAUAAAACCACCACUACUCUGGAGGUCCUUGCAACUGUUGCUACUGUUCGCCAUCUGUUGCAGCACAAAUAACGUAUUCUUCAUGUGGUUCCCUACGAUGGUGAACUCAUUCUUCACAACUGUAUCUGAAGAUUCACGUUUCUGUGAAAAAGUCGUCGCAAAUAUUACACCUAGUUCAUAUAAUGAAACCUGCAUAGACGCUGACCCCAUCAACACCAUCUACUCAGGGUUACUGUUCACUCUUUUCUUCACAAGUUUCAACAUGAUCAUCAUCGCCCUCUCCAACUGGAGACGGACCCUGAUGAUCAGUACCUUCAUCAUCUCUGGAGUCAGCUGUAUUCUGGUUGACAUGGUGCGACAACCGGCUGCCAGCAUGGUGUUCUUCAUUGCCAUUCAAUUUACUGGCAUAUGUAUUGGCACCGUGGGUUCAUAUUACGUUGAUAUCUUUCCUACUUCUUAUAGGGGUCUAGCGACCAGUCUCGGCAUGAUGUUCGCCAGGUUCGUGUGUCUCGGUGGCGUCAAUGUAGUUGGAGCCACUAUCGUCGACUACUGUCGGAUCACCUUCUACGGGUGGUCUAUAUUUGUGUUCAGUGGAAUAAUAGCAGCAUUUUACCUACCAGGAGAGCCGAAAGCAGAUUCUAUAACGAGGGUAGACAAAGUAAUAUAG